AUGGCAGAUGUCGAUAUUCACGAAAAGCCAAAGGAAAAGAGAUCCAUCCGCACAUGGACCCCCUGGCUCGAAAUCGUGGCGCUCUCGGCCAUUCUUAUUUGUAUCAUCUGCUCAGCCGUUGUUGUCACCGUCUCUCACGAUCAAGAAGUCUCAACCUGGCGCAUCAGCCCGGCUGUGUGGCUCGCCAUCUUUUCGGCCAUCUCUAAUGUGGCUUUCAGCUCUGCUCUGGCCGCAGGCAUUGCCGUACGUUUCUGGCUCUGUGCUUCGGGCGGCACUCAACUCUCCCAGCUUCAUUACAUCUGGGAUCAUGGCCGCGGUCUCGGCUUCUGGCCCGCCAUCAAGUCCGGCUCCGAAGCUCGCAAAGUAACCCUCAUCUGUACUAUCGCAUACCUCGUUCAGUUUGCUUCGGGCCCUCUGUUUCAGCGAUCAACCCACACCUUGGCUCAGAACCGGGUUGUCCAGCAGAACAUGUUCUUUGACAUUGCCAACAGAAUACCCGAUGGAUGGUCGGGAAACUGGCAGUCAGACAGGACAGUCAUUCACAACAGGAGGGUCAUGUCGCAAACCCAAGCCUGGUACCGCAAUGACUCCAUCACUGUACCAUCUACGGAAGGAUAUGUAUGCGAUGGCACUUGCUCCGGGUCGGUCCGCGGUGCGGGUUUUGUAUACACGUGUGCCCCUACCACUUACCAACCCCUGGACUUGUCAACAAACGCCUCACACAAAGCCACCGUCUUCCACAUCCGAGCCGAGCUAGUUGCCGACGAACGGUCCGAACCAUUACUCACUCUCUUGACCAAACACAUUGACAAGCUCGAGGGCAACUGCCAAGCUACUGUCAAAAUCGAUCGCUGCAACAUCACCGCCGCCGUGGUGGAACAUCCCGUCAUCAUCCAAAAUUCCACCGCGUGGUUUGAUCACUCUGCUCUCAAGUUCAAUCAGUCACUGCCCAUCAUUUCACCAUACAUUUCCGCCGGUGAUUCCCUCACCACGCCGAUCAGCUCGGGAGUCGGUCCGCUCGCCGGCCUGCAAGCCUUUGUCUCUGGACACAUGUACGAUAAUGCGACCACAACCUUCAAUCCGACCCUCAAGAAAUGGCUCUUUGCUGGACCGGGGCCGGGAACAUUGGCCGACGUCUUCUUCAGGGCUGAGCCUUGGGAUUUUGGGAACCACAGUCUCAUCAGCUGUGGGCUGAUCUGGGACAGCCCGACAGAAUAUGUGCUUGCAAAUCUGCACGAGUGGCAGUUUCGUGUGGCCGAGAGAGUGGGCAGGGGUACCGAGAGGCAGAGCUUUGAAGUCACCAAAACGGUUCCGGUCUUGGUGUUUUGGAGCGAGAAGCAGUAUCUGGGCCCAGCGUUGGCGGUUGCAAUACUGGGGUUGCUCUUUGUGGCGAGUCUCAGUUGGGGUUGGUGGAGGCUUGAGAAGCCGGUUACGCUCAGCCCUUUGGAGACGGGCAAGGUGUUCGGUGGUGGCAUCUUCAGGGGUGUCAGGGGCGAUGCCACUGUCAGCGAGAUUUUGAGAGAGGUUAGGGAUAUUGAGGUAAGAGUUGACACCGAGAGUGGGGUUGGUGCAGAGGAUCGGAUCACACGGGUAGAGGUCGAGAUGCAAAGACCCAACAAGGUAUACACCACGGGGUCUGGCUGCGGAAUCUAUUUGUCCGAAGGGAUCGAAAGGGGCGAAGGAUCACAAGGCGGGUCAGUUACAGGUAGCACACGAGUGCAGAGUCACCUGGGGCAGGCCUAA